UCUUAUCUCUGAAGCAGUGGGGGAAGUGUGGUGUGACGCAAAGUGACACUCUGUGUCCGAAGUGCACCUCAGUUUGAUUUCGUCAUCUGGCAGUGGUAGCAUGGUUUGGACGCGACCAGAGGAACCCCCGAUUCCAACCGUUUGGUACACUUUCGAGGCGAAAGAUGCCGAGAGCGAUAGGUUGGUGACGUAUCGGGUGGAGGAUUUAACCGAAGAUCGGUACGACGAUGUGAUUAAACACUAUCGGGAGAAUUUCGUCGAAGACGCUCCAUUCUGUCAAAAUAAACGAAUAUCGUGCGAUGAUCUUGCGAUGGCCGAGAUUGUGGUUUUAUGUAAAUGGUGUUUCGAGCAGAAAAUGACGCUUGUUUGUUACAAGGAAGGCUCGGAUGAGAUUGUGGGAGCCAAUCUGCUUUAUGUUGAGACAUCGGAUGGAAAAGAGGAGUGGAAGUUGCAAAACGCCGCCCUUCGGGAUAUAGUGGCUACAAAUGAGUACAUGACCCAGCAGUUCAACCUGUUCGAACACUAUAAAGUGAAUCACUACCUAACAGCCUUCGGGCUGGCCAUCAAUCGACGCUACCGAGGACGAGGGAUCGCAACGGAAGUUCUGAAAGCUCGCGUUCCUCUUUGUAGGGCCUUCGGUAUCAAAUUAACGGCGACCAAUUUCUCCGCGGAUGCUUCACAGGUGGCAGCUACAAAGGCCGGAUUCGAGUCGAAUUUCGAAGUGACCUACGAGGACUUUUCGAAAAUGGGCCCGAGAUACUCAUUCCCUGGUAUCCAGUCGAAGAGUUUGAAAUUAAUGAGUUUGAAGAUAGAAUGAAUAAAAUGUGCGGUACGAGAAUGAUAUAUUCCAAUCUUUCAUCAUUUUUGUUUGUUUCAGUUUUGUGGCGAAGGAGAAAUUUACAAAACUUCUUAAAUUUUCUAUUAAGAAUCGUUUCCAAUGCGACAUUCGUGUGUUUUGUACGGAAGUUUUUGAAUACAACCUGAGAACAUUAUGUAGUUAUAAUAUAUUCAAAUAGAUUAAAAAUGUACUGCUUGAUGAUGGCUCUUUAUCCACAUGAGC